AUGUUGUAUUUGAUUGGGUUAGGUCUUUCUUACAAGAGCGAUAUCACUGUCCGUGGCUUAGAAGCCAUCAGAAACUGUUCCAGAGUAUACCUGGAGCAUUAUACUAGUAUCCUGAUGGCAGCUUCCCAAGAGGAACUAGAAGAAUACUAUGGUAAGCCUGUCUUAUUAGCCGAUCGUGAGUUGGUCGAAACUGGAUCCGAAGAGAUCUUGAAGAAUGCUGAUAAAGAAGAUGUUGCGUUCUUAGUUGUUGGUGAUCCAUUUGGUGCUACAACACAUACCGAUUUGGUUUUAAGAGCUAAAAGAGCUGGUAUCCAAGUCGAGGUUGUCCACAAUGCAUCUGUGAUGAACGCUGUUGGUUCCUGUGGUUUGCAAUUAUAUAAUUUCGGCCAAACUGUAUCGAUGGUUUUCUUCACUGAAAACUGGAGACCAGAUUCAUGGUACGAUAAGAUUUGGGAGAAUAGAAAGAUAGGUUUACAUACUUUAGUGCUACUUGAUAUCAAGGUUAAGGAACAAAGUAUCGAAAACAUGGCUCGUGGAAGACUCAUUUAUGAACCACCUCGUUACAUGUCUAUAUCUCAAUGUUGUGAGCAAUUACUUGAGAUUGAAGCCACUAGAGGUACCAAAGCAUACACCCCAGAUACUCCGGUAGUAGCUAUCAGUAGAUUGGGAUCUGCAUCCCAAACUUUCAAAGUCGGUACCAUUGAGGAAUUGUCUCAAUAUGAUUCUGGGGAACCAUUGCAUUCUUUGGUCAUUCUAGGUAGACAAUGUCACGAACUAGAACUGGAAUAUUUGCUAGAGUUUACUGACAACAGAGAAAAAUUUAAGAGCGAUGUCUCUGCCGAUCAAGAAUUCUUCAAGCCAGCGGCAUGGGUUCCCCCAACUGAGGAGGACAGCGAAUAA